AACCUCGAGCAACGCUGCGUAAGUGUGAAUGGACAAGCCAAAAUCUGGCAUCCGCGCUGCACUCGAGUACACGGGCAUCCCUCAAAGCUGGCUGUCUGCUCGUCCACGUCUUCCAUCACGUAACUGGCUCGUCUUUAUCACCCUCACUUCGUCAGUUCUCUCCUACUAUACCUAUGAUCGGCACCAGGCUCGCAAGAUUCGUGCGUCGUACAUCGACCGCGUCAAACAUUUCUCAGAGGAACCGAUGAAAAGCUCGGAAUUGCCCAGAAAGGUGACAGUUUACGGUGCGAAGUGGCCCGGCGACGAGGAUCACCAGAGAGCCACUCGGUUUUUCAAGAAGUAUGUCAAGCCAAUAUUGGUAGCGGCUGCUAUCGACUAUGAAAUCGUUGCAACGCGUCAAUUGGGCGACCUUACACGGCAUGUUGCUUUGUCGGUGGUCAACCAACGUCGCAAUGCCCUAGGAAUUGAUCGGCCCCCUGCAUCUCCUAUAAAUCUCCCCAACAAACUUAGCGAAGAACAGCAGCGUACACGCGAACUGGAAGGAGGCAUUAUUCUCGUAGGAAGACACACUCUCAAGGAGUAUAUGGCAGGCCUUGAACGAGGGUGGAGCGGAGGAUUGGAGAAGGUAGACGGGGAGGAACACCUAGCGCAAGAGUUGGCUGCAGACGGUACUUUUGACGAAGUUGAGGAGGGCAAAUCUCCGGUUGGAGUCGUGCACGAUCCCGAAGCUGAACCUAUACCGACCUCCUCCCGUCUCCCGCCAUCCCGCAAUACAGCUCUUCUUCCCCCGCUUGUGUUGUCGAAAUCUCCAUCCAUACCGGACGCUACUUCCGAACCGCUUGUGGUGGACAGCCCACCAUCUACUCUUCCACCCCAGCCACCACUGCUUCUUGUUCCAUUCACUAAUCACAUUGGGUUCCGUUACAUCCCUCAUAUGAUUUGGUCUUUCUUUAAUGAAAGGGACAGAGUCCGUGCCGGCGCCGAGUCUGCGUACGCCCUGGUGAUAGGCCAAACCCGGGAUUUCAGAGGUCCAGAUUCAUUGCACUCAGAUGACACUCUAUUGCAAGAGACACGUAAAAGUACCGAGAGUAGUACGGCAUCGGGAGUGCAGGAUUCUGUGCAAGGGGGCGACCUCGACUUCAUGUUAUGGUCAGAAAAGCUUAUUGAACCACACUCCCCUCUCUCCUCCAUUUCUGAUGCGCGCAAAUCUUAUUAUUCCACACUACCGUCUCGUUUGGCGACCGCUCGACAACUUGCGCGGGGCGAACGCGAGAUGACCAAGGAAGAGGAGAAGAACCCACCUGCGAGCGAGGUGGAACUAAGAGCGGAAAGGUUGGCCAAGGAGUCGAAAUGGAGGGCACAGGAGGAAGGAUGGAACAUUGUCAGACCGGGAACCGGUGUUCGUUGGGCUGAGAUGUUUCGAGGCGUUUUAAAGGUGUUCAAAACUCCAGAGGAAGACGAUGGAUCUACUGAGGCAGGCGGAGUCUAGAAGGUGCUCGCCAACCACUUACACUACAAAAACUCAUGGCAACAACCUCUUGCUAUAUUUUCCCAGAAUUAUGCUAUUCACUCGACAAUAUCUACUGCUCCGCUUGCUAACCAGCAGUUGAAUUCCCCAAGGGGAUCGUCUGUCGUGUUUGUAUUAGCAUUCGGGGAAACUUGGACUCCUGCCAGAGACGGUAUGGGAACAGGCGUGUUUGCCUGGUGACUG